CGCUCAUCGGUCAGACCGUGUUCCCGCUGCGCGUUCACGUCUCUCCGCUCCGCGCCACGUCGCGUUCCCGCGCCCCGCCAACGCUCCGUUUGUGAUGAGGCGGGAAAUGGCGUCCGAGGACACGGUCGGUGUGUGAGAGGAGCCCCGGCCCCGAGCAACGACACAGCUGGCUGGCGGAGCCGCGGCCCCACCCGUACCCGCAGCCCCGGAGCCGAGGACGCUGUUUUCGGAGACGCAUCCCGAGGAAUUCGCAAUACAUUUCGAGGAAAAGAGCGACCAACUGACUCAUUUCAAUUCUUCUAUGUGACGUUGGAGCACGAUGAGGCUGAGAGUGCGUAAAGCCCCUCAGCAGGUGAACAUAGGCCGGCGAACGCAUCCGUCCAAGGUGAAACGGAAACAUUGUGAGGUGGAGCCAUCCCCGGUGAGAGGUCGGGGCAAAAUGCAGAAGAACGAAACGGGCCUGUUCUCCACCAUCAAAAAGUUUAUCCGUGGAAAUGCUGUCAAGGUGGAGCAAGACAUCCCGGCCAAGAGGAGUCGCAUUGAUUGUAAUUCUGACGGCGGUCUCAUUACUUCAACGCCGCAGACCAAAGGUCUCCCCAACAAGUCGGUCUCCAGAGUCUGUCGGAAAACUCCUAACAAAGACACGAUGACCUGCAACAGUAAGCUCAUUAAACCAAAUGGUAAACUGGAGGCCCCUGUGGAAUCGGCGAGCAGCCCGCCGCGCACCACUCUGCUUGGAACCAUCUUCUCCCCCGUCUUCAACUUUUUCUCACCAGCAACUAAAACAGCCACUCCAGGCUCCGAUUCGCCGGGCCAAGCCGUGGAAGCAGAGGAGAUCAUGAAACAGCUCGACAUCGAACAGCCAGAAGAAAUGCCAAGCAGCACGCUUGCAUCCACAGAAGGAAUCGCUCCGUGUUACACGCCCCAGAUGUUGCCCCAGAGGCUUCAGAUCACCUCUGAUGCAGCCGUAGAAGAAGGAGAGAUCGUCACGGAAAUCGACAUGCCCCCAUUAACGGCAUCCCAGUUACAUGUCCCUCUCGUGUCAUCAUCAGUUCCUGUGUGUGUGUCAGAUGGCAGCUACCCUCAUUCGAUACCUUCAGCUCCUGCUGAAACCUCAUAUGAAGAAGAAUGGGAGGUCUUUGACCCGUACUUCUUCAUCAAGCAUGUGCCUCCGUUGACAGAAGAGCAGUUAACUCGCAAACCAGCAUUACCUUUGAAAACCCGCAGCACGCCGGAGUUCUCCCUCGUCCUGGAUCUGGAUGAAACUCUGGUUCACUGUAGUUUGAAUGAACUAGAAGAUGCAGCGCUGACAUUCCCUGUGCUCUUUCAAGAUGUAAUAUACCAGGUUUAUGUGCGGUUGAGGCCCUUCUUUCGAGAGUUUCUGGAGCGCAUGUCUCAGCUGUACGAGAUUAUUCUCUUCACGGCUUCAAAGAAGGUCUACGCUGACAAGUUGCUCAACAUCCUGGACCCGAAAAAACAGUUAGUAAGACAUCGACUGUUUCGGGAGCACUGUGUGUGCGUUCAAGGGAACUACAUCAAAGACCUGAACAUCCUUGGAAGGGACCUGUCUAAGACCGUGAUCAUCGACAACUCACCCCAAGCCUUCGCCUACCAGCUCUCCAAUGGAAUCCCAAUAGAGAGCUGGUUUGUGGAUAGAAAUGACAACGAGCUUCUGAAGCUUGUUCCUUUCCUGGAACAACUCGUGGAGCGGAACGGAGACGUCAGACCGCACAUCCGAGAACAGUUUCGCUUGCACGACCUCCUCCCUCCAGACUGAGCAGCUCGUCUCUGAUCCAGAUGCUUACAACGCUGGGCGGGAAGAAUUGAAGAGAAGGAUAUAUCCUCUUUUCGUACACAACAUUGUCCUUUUUUCCUCUCCUUUCCUUAAACAUGCAGAAAAAGAUUGAAAACUAUGUUUGAGUCCGAUGUUGUGGGUGUGUUCUGGACGGCCUUCUGGGGGUGAAGUUAGUCUUGGGCGGUUUUGGAUGACAACCCUGAAUGUCCCACGGCGUUGCUUCCUGCGGACGUUGUCGGUUUCAGCCGGAGCCGCAGCGGCCAGUCAGCCUGUAUAUUAUUCACUCUUUUGUAAAUACAUGUAAAUAAUUGUUUUUGUUUUUUUUUCCUUGAAGUUUUUAAGUCAUUUAACGUUGACUUCUGAUUUUUAGUACGUCUUCUUGGGUUGCUUUUCUAAACCAGCAGAAUGCCGUGGUGUUUGGUUUGAGGUCAGCAGCUUCUCCGUCGUAUGCCUGCAGUAUUUCUGUGACGCUUUACUCCAUUACAUGCAGUCGUCUGUUUAAGGUGCCGUUUUAAAAAGAACUAAAGUAUCUUUGGGAGGAAAAUGUUUCUGAAAUAUUUUAAAGUUAUGAAAUGUAAUUUAGAAUAAGGUCUCAAAUGAAUACAAAAGCCAUAAUGGCCAAAUAAUAGUUUUUGAGAUUUGUAUCUGAGAGUCCGUUUCUGACUUUGUCCUCUUUGAUGGGUGGGGGUGGGGGCGGGGCGGGGUCCAGGCAUCGUGCACUUUGACAUCCAGCCCUUUGUAACUUGAUGUAAAAUCUUGUCACUUUUCUACAAAGGAGUGUAUCAGCUGGGGGGGGGGUUAAAUUGUAGCACCAGCAAACCGCCAACAUGUCGCUUUGAAAUCUUGUUUUCCGAGACGUCUCGUAUGUCGGAUCCUUGACGUAGGAGCCACCAGUUUUAUUGACUAUUGAAUGAUCACUCCUGGUGUAUUCAGUGUUACUCAACGGUUUCCUUGGAAAUAAAUACAUUUUUAUACGA